CGGAGUGAAUACUUGUUCUAUCGUUUAUAUUAAUCGUGUUUAGUGCGUCGAUAUACUCGUUGUUUAUUUGUUAUUAAUAUUAUACAAUACAAAGUUUGAGGUGAGACAAUGAAGUGAUUAUUUAUUGGAAAGCCAAUUGGGAUGGAUCGCAAGACACUUUUUAAGUCAAAUAUUAUAGGUAAUACCGCCAUGCGAAAAAAUAGAGUUGCGAAAGCCAAUUCCGAUCGAAAUCUGAAACGGAAGGAGCUUUUUUCUCGUGGAAGAGAUAUAAAAAUGAGUCCAGAGCAAGAACCAAAAUCUACCCUACCUGCAUCAUCGAAAAAAGGUUCUAAAAAAGUGGAAGAAAUAAUCCAGAAAGAGCAGGCGCACAAAGCAAGAUUCCAAGCUUAUAUGGAAGAGAAAAGGAAACGAUUAGAACGGGAGAAAGGACUAAAGAAACCGCCAUUUAUCAGCGCAGUUGGAGGGAGUUCAGUACAUAAUGCAUCACAAAAACCGUUUGAAUUUGCUGCGCCCAAAGCAAUUAAAGGAAGACAACCCACUUCCAAAUCAUCAUUUAAUGAUAAAAAGCAGGAUACUGCUCAGAAAACAAAAAUUCUGCCUGUAAGAGCCACUAGAAGUGCUAAAACACGAGUAGAAUCCCAAGUUAACCAAAGAAAUACUACGCGUCCACGAAAUUUACGAAUUAACAAGAAAAAUGACCUUAAAACUGAUCUUCCGAGAGACGAUUUGAUAUCAAAAGAAACUCCACUCAUGAAAGACAAAGUAUUCGUCUUCAACAGUGUGGGAACUGUACUUACAUCAACUGCGAGGAAACAUUCGGUAGAAAAAGCGACUGAAGUUGAAAUAUUGAAUGAUUUCGAAAAUGCGUUGAGUCCCAUUGACGGGAUCGCUCCUUUGGAAACAAGUGUUUGUGCGGAAGAAGAAAAUAAAUUACAAGAACAGCACAUACCGCACCCAACAGUUUCCUCUGCAGCUGACUCACCUAAAACUUCUCUUGACCAACAUAAAACACCCCCAAAACAAGCCAACGAGGAAAACGAUAAUUUCUAUGUUAGCCCGUUCGUGACAACAUCACGGGGUAAAGGGAGCGCCAAAAAAGAGCAUAGGAACCGUGAAUCAGUUUAUAAAUUGGAAUUGAAUCAAUCAAUUGAAGAGCCGCUCGAGGUGAGGCGGAGGCGAGAAGCUGUGAGGUAUUUCCGUAAAAUUCUAAGCGAUGAAAUUAACCGCUUGAGCGGUCUCUGUAAGGAAUGGGAAACUUACAGAGACGAGAACGCAGACAUGUAUGAAGAACAUUGUACAGAUUUGAUCAAUACUGCUAACGGCCAGACAAAGCUUUUGAUUACUGGCAAACUAAAGCAGUUUGAGAAAUUGAUCGAUGAUUGCGAGAAAUAUGUUAACAAUAGUUUCGGUGAUAAACUGACCGCCCAACAAAAUGUGUCCCCAGAGGAUUUGGAAGGUUUCUGGAACUAUGUGAAGAUACAGGUAGAAAAUGUCGAUCGCCGCUUUAACAAUCUGAUUGCAUGGAGGAAUAACAACUGGGUGGAUCCAGAGGAAAAACCCAAAAUAAAAAAGAAUUUGCUUGCCAAGUCAAUGAAACCAAAGAAAGUAAAGCAGAAAAUGAAACCGGCGGAGGAGGUUCGAAGUUUAAUCAGAAAAUUACACCGGGAAUGUCUGAAAAAUAAAGUCAACAACAAAGGAUGCGAUCAAGAUAUUAUUUUCGUGUCCCGUCGAUCUCAGAAUGGAAUCAAAGAUAAUAUGGUGACACCUACCAAACCUAUUGCUCCAGUAGCCCCACGGAUAAUAAAGACUCCAUAUCGGGUGUCCGCCGCUUUCAAAGAAAAUAGGACGCCAAAUGUUAUAACCCCGGCACAUCGAAGGCUUUCUAUGUUGAAGAAGGCGCGAGGAAGUGGCAGUGGAAGCAAAUUUACUCGACGACUGUCUGAAACACCAAAAUCAACCACAUCCCUAAGGAAAUCCAUUCUUAAAUCAGAAUCGAAGAGCACACGUAAGAAAAGUGUGUUAUUCUCAGAACAGAUCCAGUACAAAAGUCCCGAGCGAUCAAAUUCGAACUUCGGAUCCUACCGUUCUGCUAAUGGGUAUGAAGUAGAUGAUUUCGAUGUUCAACUGGCUAACGAAUCCGAUGAAAGUUUGCGUGUGAUGGAACUGCGAACGAGGAAAGUUCUUAUGCGAGAUGAUAUAAGCGACUUCCUUUAGAAAAGUUAAUGCGUUUAAAAAGCCUAGGAUAAGUCAACUAUCACCUAAAUAUAAGUUAUUCGCACCAAGAACAUGGAAAGAAAUAGACGGCAUUCAUCUAAA